AUGAGUAAUUUACAUCAUUUUGCUUUAGUUUGUAUGAUUUUAUUCGUUUUGAAUCGAGCAGCUGACGGACUUAUAUGUUAUUCAUGCAGUGGAUGUUCUGGAGAAGUAAAUAAAAAUGAUACAGAAACAAAAACAGUACCUAAUAAUCAAGGAUAUUCUUGUGUAAAAAUGUGGACACCUAUCUAUGUGAAAAGAGAUGUAAUGAAAUAUUGCAUUGAAGGCAAUGUGGCGGGUGUUGGUACAUGGUGUUGUCAGACUGAUUACUGUAACGAUGCUACACAAAUCAUUACAACAAGUUGUCUAUGGUUAAGCGUUGGUGCUUUUGUUUUAAUGAAAUUAUUCUAA